AUGUUGGCACGAAGUAUACGUAAGCCAACGGGACGUCAGUUCUUGAAUGAAAUAAUACAUACAAGGCAACUUACAACAAGUAAGAGGGUAUGGGCAAAUGAUAAGAUCAAUAUUCCAUCAGUGAUACUAGACGAGUUGAGAGAUACAUCAAAGAUAGCACCAUCACCCAAAAACGGCGAUACAAAUAAAAAGAUUUUGAUCUUGGAUCCAAGUCAGACAGCAGAUAGGAAGUUCCGCAGAUUGGUUGAUUUGCACUCAGAGACUGAUACCCAUGGCAAGAAUUUGGUUACACCUAUUAACAUAUUCCAGGAUGAGAUAACUUUAGGAACCAGUGGGGACUCGAUUAAUAGUUCAAUAGACAACUUGAAGCCAAAGGCCCAUGAAAUAACAAUAACAAAGUAUGAUUCGUUAAGAAAGAUGCUUAGUAAGUCGUUUACCAAGUCACAAUUGCGAGACUAUAUCAAUGAAUCAUACGUCCAACCAAGCUUUAGCGGAACUAAGAAGGGUAUAUCGAGCAUAAAUAAAGAUAAACUCUCGCGCAUAAUAAUUGAAGACAUAUGGCUGAUUGGCAAGUCAGAUAAAUUAUCGACGUUGGAAGAUUUGUUAAUCACGAAUUCAGUGAAGUUGAGUAAACCGGAAUUAUUCUUAUUGUUACUGCAAAAUGGCUUCAUAUUACAAUAUCUUUCCAGAGUAGGGGUGAGGGUUUCUUUCGAUACAGAACAUGAUAAGAUUAAGUUUACUGGAACUGAGUACCAAGUUACUAAUGCAGAAAUUAUCCUUAAUUUAAUCUUGAAUAAGGCGCACAAGGAAACCUUGAACUUAAGUACAAUUAAACGAUUAUCUCUUGAGAAAUAUAAUGGAUUUUCAUUAGAAAAAAUUGGCAAAAAUACUGAAGUGUAUUUUAAUCAUUUGAAUAACGACAAUUAUGAACUUUUUGCAUUAAACGAAAAUCAGAUUAAGAAAUCCAAACGAUUAUUGUUAUGGUCAUUAAAUUAUAAUAAGCACUUACGGGAAAUGCUAGUCUUACCGGAUAAUUUCGAGAAUCUAGAGUUUGUUCCUUACAAAGAUGAUGAUUCAUUAUCCUGGAAUAAUAGACACCAAAAUUUAUUUUUAUUGAAAGCUUUAAAAUUGAAGGAAGCUAGUAACUAUAUGGCUGAGCAAUUGAAUAAGUAUUCUGAUAAUAAUUUAAUGAAUAACGACUUAAAUUUCGAAGAUUUGAUAGAAAAUGUUAAAUCAUUACCUGUCGGUAAACAAAAAUCAGAUGAUCAACUAGAAAAGGAAAGCUGGAAGCUUCUUAAUGAUUUAGGUAUUACAUUCGAUAACUUUGAAGGAGAAAGAGAGAUUGUGUCGGACGAGUGCGAUGGAAAACCGAUUUCAAAACCAGCAAAUAAGCCUAUCCAAGAGACAAGAUCUCAAGAUAAGCAGCACGAAUUUAAUAUAACAGCCGAAAGAAAAGAUGAAAUAUAUAAUACGUUGAUUGAUUUCAGCUAUAGAAAUAGGUUGAACGGCUUAACAGAAGAUAAAUUAAACCACCCAAUAUUUACGGUGACAUUAGGAAAUCUCUUAUUUGAGAAUACCUCAGAUUCAGAAAAUAAAUUGAUACCAACUAACCCUGAGUUGGCACUUCAAAUUGGCGAGAACUACAAAUUUAACUCGAAUAUUCAAUUGGUAAAUGAUAAAGUAUUAUCAUUUCCGCCUUAUGGUAACCCUUCAUUAAAUUCACAAGAAAUUAACCAUUAUUUGAAUAACGAUCCACAUAAUUAUGCAAUUCAAUUGAAAUUCUUGCCAUCUCCAUUUUUGGAUGACAAUAAACUAAAUUCCAAGGACAUAGAUUCCCAAAUGAAGUAUCCACCUGUGGAGAUCUGGAUUGAAUUGAACGAGAAGUCGAAACCUGAUAUUGAAACGAUGAAUAUAGUGACAGUAGAGGGCGAAAACAGUUGUUAUAUUUCUCUACCAAAUGAAAAAUCUGAUAUGAAGGUAUGUUGCCAAUUAUCAGGAGACGUCAUAAGCCAAGGUAAUACUGAUGAAGUAACCGAACCUCAAAUGGAAAAUAUUGAAGAUAUUUUGAACGCAACGACAACUAGAUAUUCAAGGUUUGCUAGUCAACCUGGAGUGUCAGAAUUUUUGAAAAAUUCAAAACUAGACUUUAGUGGCAGGGUGGCUACUUCUAUAGCACCAUUUAUUGAUUUAAUUAUAAAUGGUGAAACUGUUAGAUACCACUAUAUAAAUGUCUCGUUUAGAAGACAAUUGGAUUUAAAUUAUGGUGACGCUGAAGAUGGAAGAUUAGUUCAAUUUAACGUAGUAGAAGGAGGAUCUUUGGGUGGUAGGAAAUUAGAAGUAAAUCUAGUUGGAGAUAUUACUGGAGAUUUGAACAAAGACCAGUUUGAUAGAUUAAUCGACGAUUCAACUAAAUUAAUUAGUGAAUUAUAA